GGAAAUAUUACACAACCAGCACUUCACAGGGUAGAUGGUCAAGGGAGUUCGCGCCAUAACGUGCUGCGUCAAUUUUCCCUCCUCUUUCCUUCUUUCUUUCGUUUCUGUUCAAUUCCCAUUUUCUUUCUAGUUGUGCCUGGGCACCUGGGAUGCCCAGGAACCCAUCUCACGCAAUGAACAUUGCAUCGAAGACCGGGUUACUUUUAUUUACGGGGAAUUCCCACCCCGACUUGGCGAGACUUGUGGCGAGCCGUCUUGGAUUGGAGCUUGCACCCUGUUCGGUGAGAAAUGACGAGAAUGCAGAAACAAAAGUAGAUAUAGAUUGUUCAGUCAGAGGGCAAGAUGUCUUCAUCAUUCAGACUGGAAGCAAGGAGGUUAACACCAGUAUUAUGGAGCUGUUGAUUAUGAUGUAUGCAUGUAAGACGUCCUGUGCAGAGAGUAUCGUAGCUGUUAUCCCGUACCUGCCGUACAGCAAACAGAGUAAGAUGAGAAAAAGAGGAUCCAUCCCUGCCAAACUACUUGCCAGUCUCUUGUGUAAAGCAGGCAUGACACACCUAAUCACAAUGGACCUCCAUGCCAAGGAAAUCCAGGGUUUCUUUGAUGUCCCUGUGGACAACUUGAGAGCAUCCCCUUUCCUCUUGCAGUACAUACAGGAGCAGAUCCCAGAUUAUAGAAAUGCAGUGAUAGUUGCUAAGAACCCAGGAUCUGCAAGAAGAGCACAGUCGCUUGCCGAGAGGCUGCGGCUGGGGCUGGCGGUCAUCCACGGCGAAACCAAAGAGGCAGAGUCUGAUGCGAUCGAUGGGCGCCACUCGCCUCCGCCGGUCGUCGCUCAGAAUACUGGGUUAGAAUGGCCUAACUCCCCAGGAAGUAGUCCUUGCGCUCGGGACGGUGGACGCUAUUGGUCAGCCGACUUUGGAAUCGGAGUCCCAAUGCUGACGGCCAAGGAGAAACCUCCCAUCAACGUUGUAGGGGAUGUAGGGGGCCGCAUAGCCAUCAUUGUGGAUGACAUCAUUGACGAUGUGGAGACCUUUGUUGCUUGUGCAUCCAUGUUGAAAGACAGAGGUGCAUACAAGAUCUACGCCAUGGCGACCCACGGUCUGCUGUCAUCAGACGCCCCCAGAUUGCUGGAGGAAUCUACCAUUGACGAGAUUGUGGUGACCAACUCGGUGUCACAUGAGGUGCAGAAGCUGCAGUGCCACAAGAUCAAGACAGUGGACAUAAGUGUGCUGAUCUCCGAGGCCAUCCGACGUAUCCACAACCAAGAGUCCAUGUCCUACCUGUUUAGAAACAUAACCAUGGAGGACUAGAGUAUAUAGGGCUAUAGAUUUGUUUAGGGUUAGGAGAGGGGUUUGAAUUUUGAGUGAUAUUGACUUUUGUCUUGCUGUUGACCUAACUUGCACAGAUAGUGUGAUUUAACACUUGGUUUGUUGUGGAAUUUCUGAAAACCAGGAAAAUGCUAUCAGGAGAUGAACUUAUGCAUGUGUUAACUUUCUCCAAUAUACAUACACUACCUAAAAGUAAAAAUUACUGUACAAUGCAAGGGGCCAGUCCUUGGCCUAAGCACUUAGGCAGACAGGCAAUUGAAAGACAGUUUGUAAACUUACGAAAAUCAAAUACCCCAGUAUAUGCAUGCUAGAUAUUAGAUUCAGAGUAGUACUUUAUCCAAGGAAAAGAAACUCUUGAAGGUUGCUGAGACAUAUUGAAAGUUAUACUGAGUCAUCCAUGAACAUUUAAAAGAAGCACUUGUUGUCAACUUUGGUUAGAAUGUUCUAGAAUGAAGUAACAUAGGAUGCUGCUACCUAGAGUCAUGAAAGACAAAAUUUUAGUGCAAGGUUUUCACACAGUUUUGUUUUGAACAGUUUAUUGUUACAAAGAGAGUACAGGUUGUUAUGUACAGUACCGAAUAUUUUUUUCAACCAUGCUUUAUCUGUAUGUAUUAUUAUGCGAAUGUUUCAGGAAAUAGUGUACAUGUAUGUUAGGUCCUCACAAGUUCAAGGACUGACAAUGAGAGUUUAAAACAGAUGUCUAUGGUGUAAAGGUAUGUACAUGUUCCAAUAUGUAACAGAGGAAGGAAAAAUGUUGGCUAACCAGAGAUUAUUGUAAGGUUACACAGCUAAUAGUAGUCUGUAUUCUGAGAGCUUUAAGAAAUGGUGCUUUGGAAGCAGUCGAUUCAAUCUGUCUGAAAAUAGUAGACGUUUGAAGAAAAUGUUUCAAGAAAAUACGAUGAACAUUUGAAAUUUGUGCUUGGAAAGUAAAGACACCGGUUAAAUGGAAUACAGCAACCUGUGAUGAUGUUGCUGACUGGUUUUAUGAUUGGUGAAUAUAGGAUGUGGUUUGGAUGACUGAUUUGAUUUUCCAAAUUGCUCUCCCUGGAGUUGCAGACAUUUUAUAUCAAGAAUAUUCCAUUUCUACAGUACAAAGCUCUUGCAAUGCAGACCACAAUUGUUGGGUUACUCUAUGGUCCCCAGGACUGGUGCACAGCCCCAAAUCUGUAUGUUCCUGUAUAUCUAUCCAACAAGCUUAAACCAUGUCAGACGAAAAGUAGACAACGUUCUUUCAUGGAAAUUUUGUGAUUCAAUCUGUAGCUUCUGCAUUGACCUGACGUGAUUGACCUGCAGCUUCCUGCGAGGCAAAUUAAACGUGUGAUGAAUUCA